UCAUAUACUAUAUACUGAAGAACAUAAAAAGUCGUAGUUCCCAUUCCAUCAACAGAAAAUUAAGCAUGGAGAUUUUACCCGAAGAUUGCAUAGCAUCAGUCCUAUCUCGUGUGUCACCUCGCGAUGCAUGUCGAUCAGCAGCCGUGGCUACGUUUAUUAGGAAUGCCCUUGAGUCGGAGUUGUUAUGGGAUAAGUUUUUGCCACCAGAUUAUAAAGAAAUUAUAGCCAAAAGUGUGUUUCCUGUUACCUAUAAAUCUAAAAAGGAGCUGUUUUUUAAGCUUUCGUCUCCACUUCUUAUUGAUGAGGGCCUCAAGACAUUCUCAAUACACAAAGCAACGGGAAAGAAGUGUUACACGCUAAGUGCAAGGAAUCUUUACAUUGCUUGGUCAGCCAAUUCUUUAUUUUGGUGUUGGAAAACCCUUCCUCGUUCAAGAUUUAGUGAAGCUGUGGAGCUUAGAAUGACAAGUUGGCUUGAGAUCGAAGGCAAAGUUAACACCAAAACUUUGUCACCAAAUACACAUUACAAAGCCUACCUCAUUGUUGAAGUGGCACAUUAUCGUGCCUUUGGGUUGGAUGUUUUACCAUGUGAGAUUUCAAUUGAAGUUGGGGUUGGAGGAUUUCAUUCACGAGGAAAGAUACUGUUUUCUCACAACAAACAUAGCAACCAAUCCUAUGAGCAUAUUUUUCAUCCAAACGAGAUUAAGGAAUGCUCGAGAUCAAAAUCUGGACAUGAGAUCGCUAGGGGCUCUCGUGAUCAGAGAAAGGAUGGAUGGCUCGAAAUAGAAUUGGGGGAGUUUUACAAUGAUGCUACUGAAAAAGAGGUCAAAAUGAGUUUAAGAGAGGUUAAGGGUGUUCAUUUGAAAGGAGGGCUUGUUGUGGACGGUAUUGAUAUUAGGCCUAUUUAAUGAUAAUAAAUACAGAUGUACAUGUGCAAUGCAACGACAGUGACGAGUGGCAUGCGGCGGUAACGUGAUGGUGUGGUAUCGAUGUAAAGAUGUUGUAUAAUUAUUUUUAAGGUUUGAUGGGAAGGGUUUCUUUUUUUUUUUUCUCUGCUGCCCUCUUCGAAAUAUACGAGGACCCUCAAAAAGAAUGCAAUGGCAAUGCUGGGCUAAUGCUGAUUCACGGCCCAAAGAGAAUAAAUUAUUGGGCUUCUAUUCUUUUCUUUAAACUUAUUUUGUUACUCAGCCCAAAUUAAAACAAAAUAAUGGUGAAUGACUUUUGGCU